GCAUGGGUAAUGGCUGGAAUUCCAUUUAAUGUGAUUGAAAAUCCUUUUAUAAAGGAUUUAUUUAAAAAAUUAAAAUACGAUCCACCAUCACGAUUUAUGCUUUCGGGACGGCUUUUGGAUGCUGAAGUAGCACGAGUAACCAAUUUAGUUAAUAAGGAACUUGAACACUGUGAUAAUUUAACAUUAA